CAGCGAUGGCAACGGCGACUCGGAUGCUGGCUCGCCGCGCCGCCCCCGGCCUCCUCCGCUCCGCCACCAGCCCCGGCCUCCUACGCUCCGCCGCCGCCGCCACAGGCCCCAACCCCGCCCUCGCGCUGCCGGCGCUGCUGCAGACGCAAGGAGGAGGACGGCGCUGGUACCGCGCAGCAGGAGGGGACCCGUCGCCCUCGUUCUACGAGCCGCCGCCGACCCCGGCCAACCUCGGCCUCAGCAUCGUCCCGGAGAAGAAGGCGUUUGUGGUGGAGCGCUUCGGCAAGUACCUCAAGACCCUGUCGUCGGGGAUCCACCUCCUCAUGCCGGGCGUCGACCAAAUCGCCUACGUCCACUCGCUCAAGGAGGAGGCCAUCCCCAUCCCGGACAACUCGGCAAUCACCAAGGACAACGUCUCGAUACAGAUCGGAGGAGUGCUAUACGUCAAGAUCGUCGACCCCUACAUGGCCUCGUACGGCGUGGAGAACCCCAUCUAUGCUGUCAUCCAACUUGCGCAGACAACCAUGAGGAGUGAACUUGGCAAGAUUACCCUCGACAAGACCUUCGAGGAGAGGGACACGCUCAACACCAACAUUGUGAAGUCAAUCAAUGAGGCAGCCGAAACUUGGGGUUUGAAGUGUCUUCGCUACGAAAUCAGGGACAUCACUCCUCCAGAUGGAGUCAAGAAGGCCAUGGAGAUGCAGGCCGCAGCAGAGCGCAAGAAACGUGCUCAGAUCCUCGAGUCUGAAGGUGCUAUGAUGGAAAACGCAAACAAAGCAAAGGGUGAAGCUGAAGCAAUUCUUGCCCGGUCACAGGCCACUGCUGAAGGGAUCAGGAUGGUCUCAGAGUCGUUUAAAACUGAAGGCAGCACAGAGGCUGCCAGCUUGAGGAUUGCUGAACAGUACAUCAGAGCAUUCAGUGAACUGGCUAGAACUACGAACACGAUGCUUCUUCCCAGCGACGCAGGCAAUCCGGGGACAAUGAUUGCUCAGGCCCUCCAGAUAUACAACCACACGUACAAGCAGAAACUGACUCUGGGAAGCCCCAGCCCCAGCCCCAGCAAGCGGGCAGAAGAGGCUGAUUUGUCCCUUGGGAUGCCAUCCGUGAGCGACCUCGGCACCUUUCAGCACCAGAAGUAAAUUAUUGAGUUAGGAAUCUUCUUUUUUUCCUUUUUCUGUUAGGGGGGAUGAAUAGCUAGACUGGAUAGAUAGAUUGGUAGGAAGGAUCACGAGUUAAGUUUUGCUGUUUCGGUUGGAUAAAACACAAUACUUGGUUGGUUAGGAGCAGCUUGAGAGCAAGCUUUUUGUCUGUCUAUAUGAAUGGGUGGUGUUCUUACCUGA